UCUGGCGAAGACAGACAACAUGAUGCCUGCGGUUGUGAAGCUCUGCUGUGGAAUCUCCUACCCACACCUCAGGAGCAUGUCAGGGCUCCAGCGCACGGCUGUAGCAGUGAUAGGCCAGGAGAUCACACACAUGAAGCAUUGGGCUCAAAUCAAACAUCACAUGGGCAAACAUGCUGAGCCCAAAACAAAAGUGGCGGUGAGUGAAGAUCAGCUGUUUUACAUACAACAUGGCAAAGAAGCACUGAGGAAGGCUGUCAGCAUGUUGGAGGACAGAGAUGGAUGGAAGGUCGAAAUCAAAGAGAACAAUGGUGAUGUGAUCUGUAGCAAAGUGAUACCAGGGACUGGAAAGGUCUUCAGGCUGGAGGCAGUCUUGGAAGCCAGCGUGGAUGACCUUUAUGACCUCCUGUUUGUCAGAGUUGAGGAUAUGCACCAGUGGAACCCAAGUGUUCAGCAUAUCAAAGUUCUAAAACGAGCUGGACCUGAAACAAUCGUGACUCACGAGGUUUCAGCUGAGACAGUGGGAAAUUUUAUUGGCCAAAGGGAUUUCCUGAGCGUCAGACACAGCUGCAAACAAAAAUCCAGCGUUUAUCUUGGAGGAGCAGCAAUUCGGCUUGAGUCAUUCCCACCACAAGCUGGCUUUGUGAGAGCUGAGGAUGGGCCAACCUGCAUCAUUAUUAAAGCUCUGGAUGAGGACACAACAAAAAGUAGCUUUACAUGGCUCCUUAACAUGGACAUAAAGGGCUGGCUGCCUAAGUCCAUUAUCUAUCAGGGUUUGCCUCGAGCACAGCUGGAUUUCACAAGACAUCUCCGAAAACGUCUCAACCUGAGAUGAGUCUUCAUGACUGCCACACCGCAGCAGCACCUUGUCCAAAGAAGGUGGGGGCAUGGUGACAGACUGGCUGCAUGGCAAAACACUACCCUGUUGAACAGAAAUGCUGCCUGGAGGAGAUGAUGUGCUUGAAGACGGGCUAGCAGAGGAGAGCUAGAUAAUAAUAGGAAUAAAUGUCAAAUUGUGCCACUUAAACCUCAGAGAUUUCCUGUUUAAGAGUCACACUUGUCUCUUGAUACAUGAUACCCUGCAAAGGACUGGAUAGAAUUAAUAAAGUGCUUAAAUGCG